CUGGAGGACGAGGACUACCCGACGGUCGACGACGAAGAUGUAAUCGCCUACCUGGAGGCGGAAAACGACUAUUUCGACGCUAAAAUGGCGCCCUACCAGGACCUGAUUGACACCAUCUACGCGGAGAUAGAGGGACGCCAACCAGCCGAACUGGCCAGCGUGCCCCGGAAGGGCGGGGACUGGUAUUACCAGUCGAGGUACGGUGAGGGAAGCCAGUACCGCGAGUGGCUGCGCUGGCCAGCAUCCGACCCUGACGCGCGUGAAGGUCCUACCGACAACGUCGAGGUGUUCCUGGACGAGCCAGCGCUGGCGGAAGGCCUGGAAUACUUCCGGCUGGGGUCCCUCUCUGUGAGCAACGACGGCUCCAAGGUGGCUUACAGCACCGACACCAACGGCACGGAAAGGUACAUCCUGGUGGUCAAGGACCUCGAGACCGGUGAGUUGCUUCCGGAGGAGAUUGAGGAAACGAGAGGAGGGGCCAUCUGGUCCACCGACGACUCCUCCUUCUUCUAUACCUUCCUGGAUGAAACCGGCCAUCCAUUCCAGGUGCGACGGCACAUCAUGGGCGGCCCGGUGGAGGACGACACUGUGGUCUACGAGGAGACCGACGCAGGAUUCUUCGUAUGGACGACCCGGCAGCCGAACCGGUUCUGGUGGCACCCCGGAGACCGGGCCACGACUACUCGAUUGACCACCAGCGACCGCUUUGUCAUAAUGACCAACGACAACCACCAGAACUACCGUAUGGCGAUCGCCCCUGAGGACGACCCCACCGAGGAGGCGUGGGAAACCCUGCUGCAGGGGACGGAGUCCCUGUACAUCCAGUACUUUCACGUGACGGAGGAUUACGUCGCGGUGGAGGAACGGAUCGACGGCCUGGACCAGCCUACACCGCCUUACAUCCAAUUCGACCCCGAGUACGACGAAAACACCCUUCGUCUCGCCUAUACGUCCAUGACCACGCCGUGGACGGACUUCGACUACCACAUCGACACGAAAGAGCUGGAAUCGCGAAAGGUGCAGGAGAUUCCCAGCGGGUACGACUCCUCGGAGUUCGUUACCAACAGGGAACUGGCCCCCGCGAGGGAUGGAGUGAUGGUGCCGGUGUCCAUCGUCCGUCACAAGGACACCCCGGUCGACGGCUCGGCGCCGCUGUACAUCUACGCAUAUGGCGCCUACGGCAGCGCCGUUCCCCGUCUACUCUCCUGA